CCGCCGCGUAAACAAAGCGGCCGACGACGACGACGACGUCGCCCGCAACGCAGCCCCGUCGGCAGGACGCCUCGGCCUCAGGCAUGAUGGUCUUCGGCGUGAAGCCCGAGUGCGCGCGGUGCAAGGCGACGGAGUGCAGCAUCUGGCGGCGGGACGAGCGGGACCAGGUCCUGUGCACGGCCUGCUCCUCGAGCGCCCAGGCGGCCCACCCGCCCAGGACGCCCCCGAAGACGCCGGGCAAGGAGGACGAGGAGGACGCCAGGAGGGACGAGGAGGACGCCAGGAAGGACGACAAGGCGGACGCCGAGGAGCACAAGGACGCGGACUCGAGCAACGGCAACGGCGGGAAGGACGAGGACCACGAGGGGGAGAAGGACAAGGAGACGGGCAAGACCUCGGAGAAGAGGGAGACGAAGAGGAAGACGAGGAAGGGCCGACAGGGGGGCAAGGGAAGCAUCCCGAAGGGGAAGGGACGGCGGUAUAUCUUUAAGAAGAGUGCUACUAAAGCUCCUGUAGCUGUUGCUACUCCAGUGACAUCAGAAUAUCUUUUCUAUAAGGGUUUAUACUAUCAAGUAGGGGACAUAGUGUCUGUCAUUGAUGUUGAUGGAGGUACGUACUAUGCUCAGAUCCGUGGCUUGUUACAAGACCAGUAUUGCGAGAAGAGCGCUGUGUUAACGUGGCUAAUACCAACAAAAAAUUCUCCACCCCCUGAAGAAAGCUUCGACCCUUCAACUUAUAUAAUCGGCCCAGAAGAAGACAUACCUCGAAAACUAGAAUAUAUGGAGUUUGAAUGCCACGCACCGUCUGACUAUUUCAAGGACCGAACCUCUCCAUAUUCCACGAUGACCUACCAACCUCAGUCAUGCUUUAUCUGGUCCAGAUUAGGCCCUCAGAUAAAGCCAAUAGAAAAAGCGAAAGAACUUAUGGCAAAAUAACGUUUUUUGUAUAUUUUAUAAAUAAACAUUGUAGGACGGAUUUUUAA